AUGCACAUGAACGAGAAUGGGUCUUGUAGAAUCCGUCGCUCCUUGGGCACGGCGAGGUACGGCCACAUGCCUAACCGUAGUGGAUGGAUUGUCCCCGAAGAGAAAUUUGACUUCAAGUCGGCGUACUACAAGUUUAUCAUCGAAUAUCCGGCAUAUAAACACACCAUGUUCCCGGUGCGCGAAGAGAGCAUCAAGUCGGUCUGGGAAGACCCUUACACUUUGGAAAAAGCGAUCGGUUCCAUCGAAGACGACCCGAACUACAGAGGGCCGAAGUAUUUAGAGACUCGGAGCGAUAAGCUACCAUGGCCGCCGUAUAAGGGCUGGACAAUACCGCUAAACCGAGAGGAACUGGAACCAGAUUCACCCAACGUUAAGAGCUCCGUACCCGAAUAUAUAAAGGUCUUAGAGGGGGUAAGCAAAGACGAUAGUGAGCUUAACGAAGAGCCUGAUGAAGAAGAAGAAAAACUAGAUGGUAACUCUGAGGCCACGAUCCCACCCGAGGACAACAUCCUGAUAUCGACAGAAGAAGAUAGCAGCAGCCCGGCAACCUCUCCAACCGAAUCGGAGGAAUCAGAUCAAUCAGAGUUAGACGAGGAGUACGAUCCGACCAAGCAACCGGCCGAGACAGGAGACGAACUCGAAGAAGAAUAUUCGGAGAGAAGCGCCGUGGAAGACCCUAUUCAAGAAUUAGAUAUAGCUGACGCCGAUAAGUCUAAAAAGCGUACCACGCCGAUAAAACCAUCUUAUGAUGCUGAGGACCGUAGCUCGUGGCCGUCUGUUAAAAAGCGUGUCGGGCCAUAUCGUUCCAAGGUUAGGCCUAAACCUGUUCCUAUUACCUUUGACCCUCCUUCGCCCCAUGGGAUUGACUACGUCCCAUGGACCACCCCGCAACCGAUCGAAUCUCCUCAGCCGGAAGAUAAACGUAUUCAGAUACCCGAAUGGGAUCCCGUCAUCUCGGUCCCUCCCAUCUGGGACGAGAUGAGCGAGAUUGGUCAAAAGCUUGGACGGGGUUCCCAGCCGCCGCUUAUGAAACAAUUUGCACCUAUAGUGCCAUCUUUCAAGCGAUCUACAUCUGGACCACCUUCAGCCAGGCCCUAG